AUGUUAUCGUAUUCAUUUAUUUUUAUUCAAUUAGGUGAUGAUGACGAGGAUGAUUUGGAUGGUGCCGGUGGUAAAGAUAGAGAUGAAAUGUUUAAACAAAUGGGAAGUGGUGCUUCUGCACAUCAUCUGAAUGAUCUUGAUGAUGAAGAUACAAACAGUGAUGAUGAAUCAAUGCCUGAUUUUGAAAAUGUACCAAAAACAAAUGAUGAAAAAAAUUAA